UCUCCCUUUCUCUCUCGCUCUCGCUCACCCACUCUCCUCUCCCUCCCAUCCACACGCGCACACCACUACAGUAUAUCAGCUAGCGACUGGCAGGGAAACAGAGGGGAGAGCAGAAAUGAAUGUGAAGAUCUUGACGCUGGUGAUUGUCCUGGUGGUUUCUCUGCUGUGUUCAGCCAGUGCUGGUCCAAUGGCCUCCACCGAGCAUAGCAAAGAGCUAGAGGAGGUGGGCAGCAUGAGGACUCCUUUGCGGCAGAAUCCCGCUCGAGCCGGCCGGAGCCAAAGACCUUCUGGCUGGAGGAGGAGACGCCCUCGACCCCGCCUCUCCCAUAAGGGGCCCAUGCCAUUUUAGAGCAAGGCACAGCUUAGAGUGCCCUCCCCCUUGGUUCUGAUUUCUAUGCUCUUCCUUUGCCUUGGGGGGCCUUGCAACAAGGGGCCUUUGCUAGCCCAGCCUGAAGAGUGAUGUCCAUAGCACCUGCUGGUUCUUCAAGCAACUCUUCUUCUGUCCACAAAAAAACCAGGACAAGCCACUCACCCUCAGCUCUACGAAGAAUUGUGGGCCGGGAACGGGGGUGGGGGGUAUUGAGCCCGAGCUAUCAGAUUCUGUCUCUCUCUGUCUGUCUCUCUCCUCCUGUGGUUUUCCUCAUUUGCUUUCUAGAGCCUUUUCAUGGCCACACUUUGCAUGAUGUGUGAGCAGUGGGGAGCCUGGUCCAAACAGUUAUAGUCCGAAAGCGUCAGUUUCUUCUCCGAGGUGUGCUAGUCCCAUUCUCUCCAGCGUGAAGGUAACCAUAGCGCUUUGUCCCAUUGAUAUGUGUUGGCAACUCUUGGCUUAUAAGUGGUGUUCAUGAGAGAAGAAAGUGGCAGGGGAACUAAAGUAAAGGAACAACUAAAUGCUCAGGCCCAUUAUGGACAGGUCAGCAACUAUUUUACAUCUUGCACAAUUUUACCAUCUGCCUACAACUAAAAAUGGACAGUUAGCUUAAUAAUAGCAUCACUGAGUGCAUUUUACAUGACAAACUGCUCACAAAAUGCAAUUAUCACUAAUCAAAAAUGGUUUAUUCUAAAAACCUGACAAUGCAAAACAAUGGUUUUAAUGAGAUAAAUUCCAUUUAACUCAUCAAGUUCUGACACCAAAAUGUUAACACACGCAUCCAGAAUGCUGAUUGUAAUGUAAAUGCAAUCAGUGUUUUCUGAUUCAGUUUUAACUGCUGAUUACACAAUUAUAUAAUAUAAAUGAAUAUAUAAUUCAUCGGCAAAUCUAUUUAAAACAGCUUGAUUACAUCUCAUAGAGCUGUCCAAUGGUCAUUACACAUCAUCCUACCAAUGAGCCUAAGAGUUGUCAGCCAUCUGAAGCUUAAGGAUAAAGCCACAGUGUCUCAUUAUCAAAAUCACACUCCACUUCCAUGAGCGUGAGAUCAUCGGUCCUGAGCCCUCUUCUCCUCCCCCAUGACACACGCUGCUUUACAGCAGAGAUACAUGACUGUUAACUGGCCAGGGUGAUCUGCUUCAAACAGUGGACCAUCUCUCCUUUUAUUGAAGUGCCAAAUAGCAAAUCUACUCCACAACGCUGCCAGGAGAAGAAAAGUAAACAUGUUACCUCUUAUCUUGGGGGAAGCAUAACAUCUAACCAUAUGUACGCAUUUUGCCAUUUGUUUGAACAUCCAAUGUAAAGGCAAUGGUAGCAUGGUUUGAAAACCAAAAAAAAAAAAGAAAGAAAUUUCCUCACAGAUCUGAUGAUUUCCCCCUUGACCGGAUUCUCUGACAGAACUCUAUGCCUUUAUUUGACAUCAUACUGGAAAUUAUUACUCAUUCCUUUGUUGUUAUUUUUGUUAUAUUUCAGUUCAUUUCUCAGGGUGCUGUGACAGAAGCCUGUAUGGUCUAUAUUACAUGCAUUUAUUUAAGAAACACACAUUAUUUGUAUCCACACCAUUUAGCUUCAUGCUUAUGUAUCCACCAUUUUUAGCUACAUAGCCAGACUACGUUUUUAUAAGCCAUUAUUGUUUUCUCCCCAUUGGGAGCAAUUGCCUUUUGAGUUUGAGCCAGUUUGGCACAGGUGGCCACAGCCUGGUUAUUAAACCCCAUUGCUAAUCGGUUUUAGACUGGAAUCACUAAAAUCGCUUUCGAGUCUGAUAGAGCUCACAAGACUAAUUGGCAUAAAAUGACCACACCACCUUAGCAUUUGACCAAUUUAUGAUGUAAUAAUCUAUAAAAAUGAGCAACCCUUGGCUUAGGCAUCGUCAAACCCUCAUAACUUUUAGUAAGACACAAAUUAUGAGGCCGAGAUGAGAGGCUUUUAUGAGACUGUUAGCUACACUCAUAAUUCCGACGCUUGAUUAGACAAUGCAGCAAGUUAUUGCAAAUUAGCAUUUGCAUCUCUCCCCCAUUUCCUGUUUGGCGUUUGUCUGUAGUUAUGAAAAAAAGAGCGCCGUUGCGUAUAUCCACAAACAUUGCCUUGCGGCAAAAUUAGCUCUUCAUAAGAGAAUGCCUAAAAUUCUACAUCGGUAAAACACCCAGCCAAGCUCACCUCAAUUAAAAAUGUAUUGAAUCUUAGGGCACUGUGAAUACUAAUAAUUCCAGUCACGCCAUGAUUAUUUUAUACCCUCUCAGACAGAGAUGGGGAUUUCAUUAUCACUUUCUCAGAAUGCUCCUGAGAGCUCUGCUUCAUGGAUGAGUAGGUCAGAACGAUGAGAAGAUGUAAGCUUGGGUGGCUGAGUUGCAGUACACUUCAUCCGAAGAGUCUGUUAGAGGUGCAGAGUAAUGCCUGUAUCCAUACUAUUGUUCAUGAAUAUAUCUUCACCAUCCUCACCAGAGCUGAGCUGCCCCUGCAGGGAGGGGCGUCGAGCAGUGUUUCAGUUCAGUUCAAGCCUUGUAUCUGAAAAACUAGCCCGCCACUGCUACAUAUGACAACCGACCCUGAUUCCCUUUCCCUCCGAUGGAGAUGGUUAUCUGUUUCAUCAAACAUCCAAAGACAAAUAUGAUAAAAUCCAAAGCUUGCUAUAGCAGAGACCCCUAUCAAUCACUUGGCUUUCCUCCAACACCUCUCUGUAUGGACAUGCAAGGCUGCACUUUUGCAAUUCCAUUAUGCUGCUGGAAAAGUAAAUCCUAAUCCUGAAAACAAGUCUUUUGGCAUGUAAUGGUUUUCCAGUGUCUUGUGACAAUUAAAUUGACUGAUUCUUGUCUAGUUUGUUGUCCAAAGCCUACUUUUCGAAAGCUGUAUUUUAUUUUUGUGUGUAUGGUCGUAUAAAAGUGUAGAAAAAGUAGUCUGCUGCACAAUAUGUCUUGGACACAAAAGAGCUUUCUCACCCUCCUCUGCCAUUAAACUGGGUCCGUCGUCCCCAUCAGCACAUCAGGUUAAUGGAGCCUGCGGCAUCAAGAGAACAAGCAUGUCCCGACUCAAAACUGAAAUGGCAAACACACUAAACUUACAGAGCACAAAUCAUUUUCUAUAAAUGUUUUUUUUCUCUCAUGAGAAACUCAUUCCUACUCUAACAUGUGUUUCUGCCCAUCAUAAGUCCUAUGCACUUGUACGCACAUACAACUUAAUCAUUCAGAGGUCUUUAGUUUAAGUACAGACCUUUGCAUGGGAAAAAGGGAUCCAGAAGCUGUUUGUAUGUUAAAAACAUAGCUGUGAUGAUUGAUGCGUUCCCUUAGAGUUCCCUCGGGUCUUAAUCGUUUAGCGAGGACGUAUAAAAGCAACAGAUACAAUACAAAACUCCUGUUUGCCCUUGUGAUUCAUUGCAAGACAUUCAUUAGGUACACUGUUCUGCUUCCAUAUUUGACACUGAAAGAGAAAACGCCCAUUUGGCCGCUUGUUUUCCAUUAGCUCGUCACGGUGCAUGUAAAAUGUGGUGACCAGAUUGAAUAACUGAAAUCCAAUCCCAACAGUUCACAAAUGUCCACCAACUGGUUGGGACGCGAAGAAUGAUCUGAUUAUUCUGUUGCUUCGAACAAGACUUAACACCCAUAAAGAGCUCUAACCUCUAUCCAAAACAUGCCUCCAUACACACGGCCUGUUUGUUCAGCACACCCAUCCAUUUCAAUUCUCAAAAUCUGUAGUCAGGCCUGGCAUUUCAACAGUAUUAGUGGGCCACGUGAAAAGCAACGUAACGGCAAGGUAUUAUUCCUCCUCUUUAUUCCUGUUGGAGGUGUAUGCUCAUCAAACUCACCUGGCCAAAUGUACAGUCCCUGUCUCUGUUUUGAUGUUGAACUGGGCAAAAACAAAUGAAUAAAUAAACAAAUUAAACAAGUGUAUCAGAAAUGGUUGAAAUACUGUGUACAUAUUUGAACUUUUGGUUUCUAAUUUAUAAAAGAUAAGCUUUAGCUCUUGGAGUACUUAUUUUAUUGUUUUCCUUUCAUGCGUAGCUUUGUGUUUUUAUUUUCUAUUUCUGUAAAGUGUGUAAAUAUAUCUUUAUGAUAAUAAGUAAUAUUAAAAAAAAUCUUAUUUUAAGAAA